AUGCCGCGAACCCGCAAAGCCGACGCCCGGCCAACCCACUCUCUCCAGUCCACUCUCUCGUUCAACAAAAAGUCGGCGCGAGUGACGAAGCCGGGCGCCAAUGCGCAGCGAGACGAGAACAGUGCGUCGGCGAAGAAGCUGGCCGAGGUUGCACACGGACUGAAGACGGAGCCCGAGGUCGCAGAAGUGAAGAAUGAAUCAUCAGCACCUGAAGAAAUCGAGCCGGACUCACAGGACCUGAAAGUGGAGGACAGUGAAGAGGCAGAGCCUGCAGAACAGGAGGAGGUGGAAGAGGAGGAGGAGGUCUUGGUGAAGGCAAGAUCCAGGAAGAAGCAGAAGGCUAAGCCUGCAGGCAAGGACGGACGUGAACUCGCCGCUGAGAAAAUCACGGAUGUCCAGCUGAGGAAAUACUGGCAGGCUGAAGAGGACAGUCGACUUGCUCCUAGAGUGCACCAAUCCGACCUCUCCCUCCACGAAAAGAUCCUGCGCCACUUUGACCUCUCGUCGCAGUACGGGCCGUGCAUCGGCAUCUCCCGUCUCCAACGCUGGCGGCGCGCAAAUACCCUGGGUCUAGAGCCGCCAGUCGAAGUCCUCGCCGUCCUGUUGAGGGAACAAGAGCAUUCCACCAGCCAGGGCUGCGGCAAGAUGGCGUACAUUGAUGAGUUGAGUGGGGGACGGGUUGUUUUGGUGGAUUAG